GCUUGGGUCUUCUGAAGCCAGAGCCCAGCCAUGCUUGAUGUGAGCGUGGUUGUGUCAGGGAUCUUGAUCCUUCUCUACCACCUGGGGAAAUUUUACAGCCCCUAUUUUUGGCAGGACGUGGUCGCCUUCUUUCGCAUCGUUAAAUUUGGAUACAAAUGCCACAGGUGUGUCUACCGCAAACCUCCCAUCACCUUACUGGACCUCUUCUUGGCCAAAGUCCAGAAGCACCCAGAGAAGCCCCUGGUCCUCUUUGGAGACGAAACCUAUUCCUACCGAGAUAUCGACAGGCGCAGCAGUCAGCUGGCCAGAGUGCUCCGGGACCACGUGGGGCUGGAAGAAGGGGAAACGGUGGCUGUUUUCCUCAAGAACGUCCCUGCCUAUCUCUGGGUCUGGAUGGGACUGGAGAAGAUUGGCAGCGCCAUGGCGUGUAUCAACUAUAACAUCCGAGCCAAGUCUCUCUUGCAUGCCCUCAGCUCCUGCAAGGCCAAAGUGCUACUGACAACUCCAGAUUUCAAGGCCGCCAUUGAGGAUGUCCUUCCCACUCUAAAGAAUGAAGGAGUCCAAGUUUUCUUCCUAAGCGAAGACUCCCCAACCGAGGGUGUGGAAGCUUUGCUUGGGCAGAUCCAAUCCAGCUCAGCCGAGCCUCUGCCCAUUUCCUUCAGAGCCAACAUAACUGCUGAAUCUACAUCCCUGUAUAUUUUCACCUCUGGGACUACAGGGCUACCGAAAGCUGCUAUCCUUUCCCAGAGAAAGAUGCUGAUAGCAUCCAACCUAUCAGGCCACCUUGGGGCCCGCCCCAAGGACAUCGUCUACAUCCCGCUCCCGCUGUACCACUCAGUUGCACUCUUAGUUGGGGUUGGAGGAUGCCUGGAAGCUGGGUCUACAUGUGUCUUGAGACCUAAGUUUUCCGUUUCUGAGUUCUGGAAUGACUGCAGACGAUAUCGCGUCUCCCUGAUCCUGUAUGUGGGAGAAAUGAUGCGCUACCUGUGUAAUGUGAAAAAGACAGACAGCGACCGAGACCACUGUGUGCGAAUGGCAAUAGGCAACGGCAUGCGUGCGGACGUCUGGAAGGAGUUCCUGCACCGAUUUGGACCCGUCCAAAUCUAUGAGAUCUAUGGAGCGACAGAGGGGAACGUCGGGUUUUUUAACACCACAGGAAAAGUCGGAGCUGUGGGAAGGUCCCACUUCCUCUACAAGAAACUGGCAAAGUACGAAAUCAUCAAGUAUGACGUUGACAAGGAUGAGCCUGUGAGAGGCAAGAACGGACAUUGCAUCCCAGUGACUCCAGGUGAGACAGGCUUGUUUGUGUCCAAAAUCACUGGGCUUGCCCCGUUCUAUGGCUACGCUGGAGACCGACAGAAGUCGGAGAAGAAGAUUCUCCGGGAUGUUUUCACCAAAGGAGACUGCUACUUCAAUAGCGGCGACCUUCUGAUGGAAGACCAAGAAGGCUUUCUAUAUUUCAAGGACCGGGUAGGAGAUACUUUCCGCUGGAAAGGGGAAAACGUGGCCACCACGGAAGUGGAGAACAUCCUGGCACCACUGAGAUUCAUCCAGGAAGUCAAUGUCUAUGGGGUACCAGUGCCAGGCCAUGAAGGAAAGACUGGGAUGGCUGCAAUCUGCCUUAAGAAGGGGCACUCCUUUGACGGGCAGAAGCUGUAUGCGCACGCCAAGGAUCUCCUGCCAGCCUAUGCCAUACCUCGCUUCGUUCGCAUCCAGGACACCCUGGAGAUCACGGGCACUUUCAAGCAGAUCAAAAGCCAGUUGGUAAAGGAAGGAUUUGACCCUGCUGUCAUCAGUGACCCCCUCUUCUUCCUCGAUGACUCUGAAGAAUGUUACAUGCCCUUGACUCCACAGAUCUUCAGCACCAUUGCAGAGAGGAAGCUGAAGCUGUGAAAAGGAGCAAUUGUCUCUUUAACUGCCCUAGUGGCAACCU